GCUGUCACCUCCCUGCACGGGAACGCGCCCCCGCCCCGCUGCGCCUCUGGAGGGUUUCUGCGCUCGGGAAUAAACGGCGCCUUGCACAGCUGUUCGCCCGGGGGUGGCGGGCCCAGCUGGUGGCUGACAUGCUGUGGCAGAGGGCCCGUCAGGUGCAGCCAGCCAGGCUCAGGGCUCAGUGACUUUGGGGCCUUCCUGGAAGCAGAGUCUCAGCUGAAGGAGGUCAGGGGAGCAGCAUCCCUCAGAGGGGCCUUGUUCUGAGGGGUCAGAAGCUGCAUCCAAACCCACUAAGAUUGUCAGCAGCCUGGGAGUAUCUGUCCUCAGAGGCUGUUACAGAAUGACCUUGCAUUGAGCCUUUGUGGAAGAAACAAGAUUUAAACAUCAGUUCUUCAAUGUGCAUCCUUCUAUUCAAAUUUGACCCACGGCCAGUUUCAAAAAAUGCAUACAGGCUUAUUCUAGCAGCUAAUAGGGAUGAAUUUUACCACAGACCAUCCAAAUCGGCCGAGUUUUGGGACAGCAGCAAUGAGAUCCUUAGUGGUCUGGAUAUGGAGGAGGGAAAAGAAGGAGGGACAUGGCUGGGAAUCAGUAAGAAAGGCAAGAUGGCAGCCCUGACAAACUAUAUGCAGCCAAAGAUUGAUAAAAAUGCAAAAGGAAGAGGUGCUCUUGUAACAAACUUCUUGACUGCAGAUCUGGACAGCUACUCUUACUUGAAGAAAGUUUCAGUAGAGGGACAUCUUUACAAUGGAUUUAAUUUAUUAGCAGCUGACUUGAAUACCACCAAAGGAGAUGUAAUUUGCUACUAUGGAAACAGAGGAGAACCAGAACCUGUUUUCCUAAAUGCUGGAAUAUAUGGAUUGAGUAAUUCUUUGUUGGAUACACCAUGGAAGAAACUUCAGUAUGGGAAGCAGCUUUUCACAGAAGUGGUCAAGAGAAGUCAAGACCUUACCAAAGAAGACUUGGUGAAGGAGCUCCUUACAGUGAUGAAUAAUCAAGAGCCUCAGUUACCAGACCCUGCAAUUGAAGACCAAGGGAAGGACUACAUCCGCCCCAUCCUGGACAAGUACGCGGCUUUGUGCGUUCGCUGCCCGGGUUAUGGAACAAGGACGAACACGGUGGUGCUCAUCGAUUCCGAGGGGUGCGUUACUUUCACCGAGCGCAACAUGAUCAAUGCCGAUGUCAACCAGUGGCAAACAAGAACCUAUGAAUUCAAACUGCACAGUUAACAACUUUCCACACGAGUGGUUUGUAAUAAUAGCAAUGAGACAACAAGCCAUUAAGCUCUAGUAAAUGUUUUGUGCCAGCCUCCACAAACUAAAAAUAGCAAGGAAAGCAAAAGUUUCAAUAAACUGGUAUCAUACCCUAUCAAACUCACAAAUGCUUUGGAUAAAGCCAGAUGAAGAUGCUUUUUUUUUUACAGGAAGUAGCAACUUAUAAUCAGAAAUAUUUUAUUUAAUACCACCCUGCUUUCAGGGCAAGGCCAUCUUUGUCCAAGACAAAGUCAUUGCUUUUUUUGUAGGUGUGGAUUUUUUAAAAGAUGUUAUUAGUGGACAUAAACUUGUUUUUAGUUCUAAUGGUGAGGAAAUAUUUGCUGCUUUUAUUGUUCUCAAUGAAAGUUUUACUAAACUUUGCUUUACCUUCAACAUAUGCUGUUAAGAUUGUACAGUUGAUGCCAAUGUGCAUUAAAUGAAUGUAUGUUAUCCUGGUAGUAUUAAGUGCUUUAGUCUCAUUUAAGCUUUUCAGUGCCAUGGUGCAAUGUUCUGCCUGGCGAGGGCAGAGAGGGGGGAUUCUUUACAUUUGUUUUUCUAUAGAUAGUACAGCAAUAGAUCUUAUUUCUAGAACUUGAUCUGAGAAUCAAGGUAGGGAAUUUAGUUCAGUCUCUGUUCACUUUUCUUGAAAGAACCAUGGGAGCAGACUUGCUUAUCUUUGACCUGAAUAAAAUUGUUUAUGCUGUGACAUCCUGUUUCCUGAUAGUCUAAUUAGCAGUAUUGUUUUUAUUAUUUUCUUCUCCAGUAAGCAGGUAAGGAAUAGGUACCUGUUUGCAAACAGAAGCUGAAGAUGAGGUUUUCAUGUAUUGCCUGUUUUGUGCAUAUAAAAUUUUGGAUUCAUUUCUUUAUUGGUAGAAUGUGUUACAGCCUGGAGUGGAUUCCAUCUCAUGGAUUAUUAGUAGAAAUAGCUAUGUGUUGUAAGGUGACACUGUUGCAGUCUUAUAUUGCUGAAAAAGUUGAAUAUUAAGGGGUACUUCCUAUGUUCUAACACCUGUGAAUUAAAAAGCUAUUUAAAUGCAUGCUUUUUUCAAUUAUUCAGUGCCACUGUGGGUAAUGGAAGAUUCUAGCUAAUAUCAGGAUAUUUGAAAAUCCUAAACUAUUUUUGUUUCUAUUGGUGUUCUGUUUUGAUUUUUUUGAAUACUGAAUAUUAGGUUAGUAAUGGAUCACCACUAUUUUUUUCCUUUAGGUAUGCUGACUGUAUUUUCACAAGCCUCUGAUUUUAAUUAAUUACUGCAAAGUAGUCAGAUUUUUGAUACUCUUUGGAAGAUGUGCAGCUGUGUUUCUGUACUCAGGCUGGUGUAUUUUGGCAUUCUCACGUGUGUGUGUAAUGGGGGCAGCAGUAAAUGAGAUUUUCCAUUGAGGUGAAGUACUGUGAAAGGCCAUUCCCAGAUUUGUAUUUGUCAGGAAAUGCUAAAGCAGCAUUUAGUCAAAUCUCUUUUUAUAUUUGCAUAUUUAAAUAGCUUCUAGAUACCAGGGCUGCUUACAUGACUAGUCACAGGUUGUGGAUUCAGUUCUGUAUAAAUGACUUUUUGACCACCUUGAUUGCAAGACAAUCAACCCAAUUGUGUUGGGUUGUACAUGGUUUGGAACUCAAAGCCUUCCAGACUGUCCUUCUAGCUGCAGGAAAUGGUCAGCCCUUUGUAAUUUUUGGAUGACUUCUUAAACCCUAUAUUUUUAUGGCUAAAAAUGUUAACUGUUAUUUUUAGAUGCAAAGUAGCUAAAGCUGUCUUAAAUUUGAGUUUACACAUGCAUAUCUAGAAACAAAGCCCUGCCUCAAUAGCUUGCUCUGAGAGUUUGCAAAGCAAACUAUUUUAUAUCCACUUACAAACAGUGGGUAUUUCAACAUGACAUUCUCUUUGAAGACAUCAGAAAGGCAAGCAAAAUGCAUGCAGUAUCAUGCUAAAAGCAUUUGUAAACUUCAGUCUUUAUAGCAAUCCUGUAAUAAUGAAAAUUUAUUCUUAGUUUUUACAUAUAGGCAAAGAAGGGUGAGUCAGACCUUAGAUGUAAAUAUGGAUUAUAAUCAUGUAUUUUGAUAUGCUUGAAUCAAAAUUCUGAAUCUGGGAUUUGCUUUUUCUGACAAUUAAAAUAAACAGGAAAGAGCCCAAACUUUGGAUGUUGUUUUUUAUCUCAUCAGAAUAGUUAAUAAAGUAAGGUUUUUUAGCUUUUUUGGAGGCUUUUGUAAGAGGUGUGUCAUUGGCUUCAGUGGAAACAGGAUCAGGACUGCUGUGCAGAUAUCAGCAAGUGGUGCUUGUCCAUACAAGUGAUAAGGUAUUUGUGAAGUACAUGAUCUACUCUGUGCCAAUUAGAGUUGCAAUGAAUCCACUGGAAAAAGGAUACUGUACCUACAGUUAACAAAGAAAGUGUUUUAUUUUUAUAGAAGUAUUUUUAAUAAUAAAAGGGAAUUUUAAAUACCAGUUUUAAAGGAUAUAAAGGAGAAAGGUGUAUAUAGAAAACUACUGCAUGGCAUUUUUAUUAAGUUUGCUUAUACGUGUCAUCUCUUCAAAGUCAUACAUUUGCAAGAGAUUUUUGUUUCCUGAUUUUUUUUCUAUUGGAAUGGUAGUAGAAGAAAUUUUAAAAUGUGUAAAACCUCAGCUAUGUUUUUUUGCUUAAAAUUGUGUCAUAAAUGUUGUUUACGUGUGUAUUCAAAACUAGAAUCAGAAUAAAGUCAAGCUGGUGACCAGUC